CAAUCUCAAGACCCAAAACCCACAGAGAUAUGGCGACCUCUCUCGUUAUCAAUCCUCCCAACUCCCUUUCUCCUUGCUUCUCAGUCUCCCCUUCUUCUUCAAUUCCCAACGACAAACCAAGAACCCUAGCCCUGCGGAACCUCCAUGGCCCACAUUCUUCCCCAUCGAAUCCCAUCCGUGGGUUUUUACCGCUGUCUCUCUCUCCCAUAAGCAUGAGCAAGCGGGGGAGCUUCGUUGCUUCUCUAUCCGCCCAACAAUCUCCUCCUACGAACGGGGAAGAGGGGAGCCCAAAGUACCCGACGGAUGUGAAAACCCUGAUCAGGGUUUAUCAAGAAGCUCUUUCUAAUGGCGACGAGAAAGUUAUUUCUGAAAUCGAAGCGGUUUUCUGCGAAAUUGAAAAGGCUUCUACCGGAGAGGCCCAAAGAUAAGAAAGCAGGGUCCUCAUUAUUCAUGGAUUCUUGUUCAUCAUGAAAGAGAGUUAUGUCAGAUUGCAGGCUGAUUUUGAAAACACCAGGAAAAAGUUUGACAAAGAUCGUCUCAGUACAGAAUCCAACGCCAAAGGAGAAGUAAUGAAGAGACUCUUGCCAAUUGUUGAUAGUUUUGAGAGAGCAAGACAACAGAUUAAACCCGAGAGCGAGAAGGAAAAGAAGAUCGAUACGAGUUAUCAAGGAAUAUACAGGCAAUUCGUCGAGGUGUUGAGGAGUUUGCGCGUUUCGGCCAUUGCAACUGUUGGAAAGCCCUUUGACCCUUUGCUACAUGAAGCUAUUUCACGGGAGGAAUCUCGGGAGAUCAAGGCGGGGACAGUAACCCAAGAGCUCAGCCGGGGAUUUCUUCUUGGUGAUCGUGUUCUGAGACCCGCAAAGGUUAUAGUAUCCGCAGGACUUGGCCGGGAAAAUACUCCUUCGGCUGCUGGGGAGACAGCCUCUUCAGCUGGAGUAGAUGUACUGUAAAAGGUAUUUUUCAAGGUUUUGUUCUUGAUUCAACAUUGUACCGCCUUUGCACACAAUUUUUCACCAUUAAAGGAUAUAUACUAAGCUGUUUUGUUUUUUUAUGCAAUGAUUGUUUCUGUUCACUCAAUGGAUCUGAUUUUUGCUCCA